AUGAGCAAAGCUUUUCCCUUCCGGGAAGGUUCUUGGAGUGCCCAGCAACAAAGGAGAAUCAGAGUUCGAAAUGUGGUCCAAAGUGAGACACAGGUUUAUUUCACCGAUCGGGGCUGGCAGCUCACCAAGAAGAGGUACCAUGGGGAACACCAGUUUGAAGUGAAAGAAGAACGAUUAACACAAGCUAUGAAAAUACCAAAACUGUUCUACGCUUUUGCACUUUUCACAUGUGCUGCUAUUUAUGUUGUAUACAUAAAAUGGAAUUUGAAUUUUAAAACAAAAGAUGCUUUUGAUGACCUGAAAAAAAAACGUGAUUCUGAGACAGGAAGAACGAUUUCUUAUGGUAUCAUGUUUGAUGCUGGAAGCACUGGGACACGUGUACAUGUAUUUCAGUUCUCACAGAAACCAAAAGAAAUUCCUAGACUAAUCCAUGCCACAUUCAAAGCAAUAAAGCCAGGACUCUCUUCAUAUGCUGAUGAUGUUGAUAAGUGUGCUGAAGGAAUAAAUGAGCUAUUGACAGCUGCUAAAUCUGAUGUCCCUAUGGAGUUGUGGCAGUCUACCCCUUUGGUUCUUAAAGCAACAGCUGGUUUAAGGCUAUUGCCGGGAGAAAAGGCACAGAAACUGUUGGAUAAGGUGAAAGGUAUUUUUCAAGAGUCUCCAUUCUUGGUAAGGGAUGAUAGUGUCUCCAUAAUGGACGGGACAGAUGAAGGAAUUUCUGCAUGGAUUACUGUCAAUUUAUUAACAGGUAUUUUGAAUUCUCCAGGAAAGAAAGGUAUAGGAAUGCUGGAAUUAGGAGGUGGAUCAACUCAGAUCACAUUCCCCCCAAGCACCAAGACCACUCUAGAGAACACCUCUGCUAGUCACAUCAUUUCUUUUCAGAUGUUUAACUCCACAUACCAACUGUAUUCAUAUAGUUAUUUGGGACUUGGCAUAAGGUCAGCAAGACUACAGAUUUUAGGAGGAGUUGAAGGAGAAGCCUUAAAAGAAGGGGAAGUACUAACAAGUACCUGCUUAUCACCUGACUUCCAGGGUGAAUGGGAACAUGCUAAGAUAAUGUAUAAAAUUAAAGGGCAGAAGGCAGAAAAGUCUCUCUUUGAAUCAUGUUCUGAUGAAAUAGCAAAAUUGCUCAACCAAAAGAUUCACAAGACAGAUGAAGUAAAGGACUUGGAUUUUUAUGCUUUUGCCUACUAUUAUUACUUGGCUGUGGAUGUUGAUUUAAUAGAUAGUGAAAAAGGAGGGACUCUGGCAGUCAAUGACUUUGAAGCUACUGCAAAAAAUGUGUGCAAAACCAUGGAAGUUGAACAAGGAGAGAAGCCUUUUCUCUGUAUGGAUCUCACUUAUGUUAGUUUGCUAUUGGAAAAAUUGGGCUUUCCAAAGGACUACAUUCUUAAGCUUGCUCGGAAAAUCAACAACACUGAAACCAGCUGGGCACUAGGAGCAAUCCUUCACUACAUGGAUUCACAUCACAUGCUGCAGUAUUAAGGCUUUUGGCAAGUCUGGGAGGAUGUAACACAGCAGU